UUUUCCACAGGCGUGUACGUAGAGGUAGCCUACUUGGGAUCCGUUUUUGGUAGUGCUGAAUUUACCGCGCCUGCAAAGGGUGUUUUUUGUGGGGUUUUUUGUGUUUUUUUUUGCAAUAAAAUACAAUAUCGAGAUGAACGUUUUUAAGCCAAUUAUUUUAAACAGUUUAUUUUUUAAUUAUGCUAUCGGACGUGGAAAGUGCAUUGCUGCAAUCAGAAAUGCAAAACUGGUCUGCAGCAAGCGGUACUGGUGCGGGAAAAGUCCGCAUUUGACAACGGUUAAAGUAUUUAAAAGUUCAUGGAGAGACUGCCGGAGCGCGCGUGCGGUGCAGGGUGUAUUCGCCGUCAGCACUCGAUCCGUGCAGGUCUCUUCGCGAAACCGUAAAACAGCCGCGGUCGCGGACACCUAUGAGCAGACAUUCCGUAGCGCACGGGACACUCCCGAAGUUUUCUGGAGCAAAGCUGCAGAAAGCAUCAGCUGGUUUGAGACGUGGAGCCAAACUCUGGAUAGCAGUAAUCUGGUAUCUCCGAAAUGGUUUGUCGGAGCAAAGUUGAAUAUGUGCUACAAUGCUGUGGACCGGCAUGUUGCAAACGGAAGCGGGGACAAGGCUGCCAUUAUUUACGAUAGCCCAGUUACUCAGACAAAGAACGUCAUCACUUAUAAUGAAUUGAAGGAACAGGUGUCUCGGCUGGCGGGGGUGCUGGUCGGCCUGGGGGUGAGGAAGGGGGACCUGGUGGUGAUCUACAUGCCCAUGAUACCCCAGGCCAUGUUCACCAUGCUGGCCUGCGCCCGGAUCGGGGCCACGCACAGCCUCAUCUUCGGGGGCUUCGCCUCGAAGGAGCUGUCCGUCCGCAUCGACCACGCCAAGCCUAAAAUACUAGUGACUGCUUCCUUUGGCAUCGAACCUGGCAGAAGGGUGGAGUACAUUCCUCUGGUGGAGAAAGCCCUGGAACUCAGCACUCACAAACCCAGCAAAGUCCUCAUCUACAACCGCCCCAACAUGGAGAAGGUGCAGAUGCAGUCAGGCUUCAGCUCGGACUGGGAGGAGGAAAUGGGGCGAGCGCGCCCUCAGGACUGCGUGCCUGUGCCUGUCAAUCACCCUCUGUACGUCCUGUACACCUCCGGCACCACGGGGACGCCGAAGGGCAUAGUGAGGGACACAGGAGGGUACGCUGUGAUGCUGAACUGGACCAUGUCGGGAGUGUACGGACUGAGACCCGGAGAGGUGUGGUGGGCGGCGUCAGACCUGGGCUGGGUUGUCGGUCAUUCCUACAUCUGUUACGCCCCACUUCUCCAUGGCAACGCCACAGUUCUGUAUGAGGUAACUGGAUCUUACAGCAGGGCUGCUCAGUUGCUGUACACACGUGCUGUGAUCGUUUGGCAGGGUAAGCCGGUGGGCACGCCGGACGCCGGAGCGUUUUUCCGCGUGCUGUCGGAGCACGGCGUGACGGCCUUGUUCACCGCUCCCACUGCGAUACGGGCCAUCCGCCAGGUGGAUCCCCAGGCCUCUGCCGGCACCCUGUACCCCCGCCCCAGGAUGCGAAGUCUGUUUCUGGCAGGAGAGCGCUGUGACGUGGAGACUCUGGACUGGGCCAAAAGGAGCUUCGGGGUCCCUGUGCUGGACCACUGGUGGCAGACAGAGUCUGGAUCUGCCAUAACUGCGACUUGCAUUGGCCUUGGGAACUCUCUUGCGCCCCCUCCUGGACAAGCAGGCAUGCCUGUACCGGGAUACAACGUCACUGUGAUCGACGACGACAUGCAGGAAGUGAAGCCGAGGACUCUGGGAAACAUUGUUGUAAGGCUUCCCCUGCCACCGGGGUCAGCCCUGUCUCUCUGGCACAACCACCAGCUGUUCGAGAAACUGUACUUCACCAAGUUCCCUGGAUAUUACGACACCAUGGACGCCGGCUUUGUGGACGGGGAAGGCUACGUGUAUGUCAUGUCCCGGUCUGAUGAUGUCAUCAAUGUGGCAGGCCACAGGUUGUCAGCGGGGGCUCUGGAGGAGGCCAUCCUGCAGCACUCGGCAGUGGGAGACUGUGCUGUGGUGGGUCUGGAGGACUCUCUGAAAGGACACAUUCCACUGGCUCUCUGUGUGCUGAGAAAAGACGUGGAGCAGAACCCUGAGGACAUUGUGGCGGAGGUCGUGAAGCUGGUGAGAGAGAACAUCGGGCCAGUCGCAGCUUUCCGCAGGGUGCUGCUCGUGGGGAGCCUCCCCAAAACCCGCUCCGGAAAAAUCCCGCGCUCCGCCCUCUCCAACCUGGUCAACGGGAAGCCCUACAAGAUCACUCCCACCAUCGAGGACCCCGAGGUGUUCAAGGCCAUCGAGGAGACGGUGAGAGGGAGGCUGUGAUUGGCCGAGCCGAAAGCCCAACCGGGGGGGGGAAGAGAGCCAAUGCGCCGGGAGGCUCGAGCGACACACCUGGAACCACACCCCCUUUCCGCCGCAGCGGGAGGGGGGCAAAAACACGUAUACUCGUUCAGAACCGUCGAAGAGGAGAAAACAUCCAGUUCAAACAAGGACUGCGUGGAAUUGGGAAACGGCGUUGUUUUACAGACUGAAUUAACAGGACUGAGGAACGUGAAGGUACACAGGGCUUGUGCAGGAAGGGAUGUCCAUUACACUAAAGCAGAUAUUCACACGUUCUCUCACUAUACAUCAGUAUUUCUUUGGGUCGGGACCCAAAAUGGUUCACGGGAUUGCACGAGGUGGGUCAAAGAAGUGGUAGUCGUCCACUAGGCUAUAGAGUGUGUGUAUUGGAAGGGCGCCUGAGAGGAACUAAAUGACUUACUUGAUCACUGAUAUUAUGAAGUAUUUCUAAUUUGGGUUCUCAUAUCAAAAGUUGAAGAACCUUUAGUAUACGGUACUGUGCAAAAGUCUUAAAAGCAAAGAAAAUGCUUUCAAAAAUAAUGAAAUGAAUAUUGGAAAAAAGUUAUUUAAAUCAAUAUUUGUUGAGAUUACCCUUCGCCUUGAAAACCGCAUGAUUUCACUGAGGUACACUGUCCUGCAGGUUCAUGAGAGUGCUUGGUUGUUCUGAGCAUAUUGGAGAAUUUUGGAAUUUUUGGAGUUUUUUCAGCAGAGUGGCUCUCCCGGUAAAUCCCAGACAGACUCAAUCAUCUUUUUAUCUGAAAAGUGGUCUUUUACUGAAUCUGUAACUUUAAUUAAAAAUCGUAUUAUUUCUUGGAAAAUGAGUGUUUGGAAAUCAAAAAUGUGCUCCUUUCUACUAAUGCAGAAAAUAAAAAAAUUGACAUCUCGGCCCAAUUUAUAUGAAUCUAGGGUGCCUAAGGACUUUUGCACGGUAGUGUAGAUCGUAUCAAUCCGUAAAAAGGAAUGAUGAUGAUAAAUCUACAAAAUCCAGUUGUCUGAAAUCCCUGUGAAGACAAGCCGUACCAUUUUGUGCACAUAUCCAAGCAAUUCAUGUUUGGCUCUGUGUUUUUAAGCCAUCACAACCGCGAAGGCUGAAUCUGAAUGUCUGGUCUUCACCGGACUUGGCACACUGGUAGAAUUAACGGGCACAUUCCUGGAAUCUGGAACGCCGAUUUUGGGGGAAAUCCCACUCGUUUCACGCAGCCCGUCGCACGACGACUCGAGUUCUUUCCGCUAAGCAUCCGUUCUCUUAAACUUCUGCUCUUAUACAAUCAGCCCAAUCAUUUAUGCCGCAUUAGGACUUGGCGAAGUUUAUCGAUAGCCUAGGAAAUGCCAGCUGACCACUUCCAGUCACUUUACAAGAUUCAUUUAAUCAGUCUAGCCUGUGACUGAACUCACAUUGGAGUGGCACGGGCUGCCCAGUUCUCUGAUGAAUGAAGUCCGCAAGGGGGCCUCGUUUGGACCGUCAAGCCGUCUUCCGGGGAAUCCGAUUUCGCCGGACAUUGCCACUGGCACUGCCCGAUAUUCACAGCAAUAAGGGUGUAACGAUAUACAGUACUGUAUACAGUACUGUAACGAUAAAAGUCUUGUAUAACACCUGUAUAACAUUCUGUAUGGAUCCAAUGAAAGGUCCUAAAUAAACAUCCUAUACAUUUUACUUUAGUAAUUUGGCAGAAUAGUUAAAAACUGAAUCAAAUCAAUAUUUUUUGUGACCACCCUUCGGCGUUAAACCUGCAUCACUCUGAGAUAGCCAACGCUGUCCUGCAGUUCUGUAAGACAAUCAGCGGGGAGGUUGUUCCAAUCAUGUUGGAGAACUUGCCACAGUUCUUCUGCAGACUUUGGUUGGCUCCUUGCCUCUGAUCUCAGACAGCCUUGAUCAAGUUUUUAUAUAAAAUGUAGUCAAUUGCUUACAGUAAUGUUACUUUUUUUCAAUUAAAUACAAAAAUGUCUCUGUGAAAUUAAAUCCUUUGGAAAAUGAA